UUAGCUGCUGUACCACUCUGUUCGACACAUCCAAUGCAAAUCUGCUGGUUUUCCUUUUUCUUUGUCAGGGGAUGACCUCCUGAGGAGCGAAUGAAGAAACAAAUUUUGCUUUUAUUCACAUUCAGAGGACUAGUGAGUAAAGGGAAAAAGGGUAAAAAGAGAAAAUGGCCAGUUUUAUAUUACGGAAGGCUGAACCCAAGGACGUGUCUGAUAUUUUGCGACUCAUAAAGGAACUUGCUAAAUUCGAAGAGAUGGAAGAGAAGGUCAUGCUGAGUGAGAAAGAACUACUUGAAGAUGGCUUUGGGGAGCAUCCAUUCUACCACUGCCUGGUUGCUGAAGUCCCAAAAGAGCAGAGCUCAGAUGACUACAGUGUGAUUGGCUUUGCCAUGUACUACUUCACGUAUGACCCUUGGAUUGGAAAGCUUCUCUACUUGGAGGACUUUUAUGUCAUGCAAGACUUCCGUGGUCUUGGCAUUGGUUCACGAAUCCUGAAGGUUCUGAGUGAGACGGCUGUGAAGACUCGCUGUAGUGCCAUGCACUUCAUAGUGGCAGAAAACAACACCAAGUCGAUCGAGUUCUACAAGCGAAAAGGAGCUGCUGACCUCUCCUUGGAGGAGGGCUGGCGUCUUUUUGAGAUUGAAAAGCAGGAGCUUCUGAAAAUGACAGCCAAAUAGAGUUUACUUUAAACUGACUUGCACUGACUUUUGGUGCAAUAAUCAUGUUUUGUUUGGUGAUUGAUUAGGCACAGACUCAAUAAAUACAUUUAAAUAUUGACUGUUCACUUUGAUAAUAGAUGAGCUCUGCUACUUUUUAGCCAUGGUGUAGUAAGUAAGUACGUAAAAUUCUUUCAAGAUUUGAGAAAAAUCAGCUGUGUACAAUUGUAUGUGUUUCUUUUUUGCAACCACUUCCUGGGAACUGACUCCCCAGGGUGGGAACACUGUAAUGACUAUUUGUAGAGGUGUUUUUGUUUUGCAAACGUUUUUUUCUGCUGCUCUUACAUUAAAACCAUACAUUUUGAAAUAA